AUGAGCAAUCAAGCCCCCCUCGACUACACGGUUCCCUCCUUUCCAUCCCUCUACGUCCCUAUAAUAGGCGAACCCCAAUCCCAAAACUACCUCUACCAUCUAACCGACAUCUGGCGCUUCACGCUCUUCUGGACCCUGAUCCUUUAUCUGGGCACCCACGCCGCCGUCGCAUCUUUCGCGGUCGCGGUGCAAUGGCGCAAUUACAAGCGGAUGUGGGCUGUGCCCGUAGUGUAUGUGCUUGUUUCGGGGUUUGAGGCGUUGUUGGCGGGGAGCUUGGUUGGGCUGAUGUUUGUUUUCUUUCCCUUCUAUCCUCCUGUUUACGAGGGUGUUGUUGUGCUGACUAUGGGAUAG